GAAAACUAAUCUGGACAACGCUGCAAAAAGACCCCCAGCACCACCCCAGCCACCCGUAUUCCCCCACUAAAACGUCGCCCCAGAAGAAUUCAUGCACAAAAAUGAGACAACCAGCCAUCCACCGCCAGAAACUACUAGCAGUACUAUCCACCAGGCCCUCCCUCCAGACAGCCUGCAAGACCACCCCGAUACCCACCCUGUGAACCCCCUUGGUCUCUUCAUCCGCCCGCAUCCAACGCGCGGCAAUGGUCUCUUUUCGCCCCGCCCGAUUCCAGCGGGCACUGUCGUCGAAGAGUCUCCCGUCCUAGUCCUUACCAAGGAGCAAUGGGAACAAGGCCAGAUGGACGGGACAAUUUUGGGAGAAUACGGGUUUUGCUGGAGUGCAGGCGGGAUGGCUAUUGGACUUGGAUUAGCUUCACUGUUCAACCAUUCUUCCAGACCCAACGUCAACUUUAUCCGUUCCCCUUCCACAAAAACGAUACGAUUUGUGACUGCCAAGCACAUAUCACCAGGAGAGGAGCUCUGCAUUUGCUAUACAGCCGAUGAGUCCAAGCUUUGGUUUACUCCCGCGAGAGGAGAGGAAGAGGACGAGGUGCUGGGCGGGGAGAGCGAGGGUGAAGGCGACGGGUUACCUGACGACGUCGAUGGGCUGGUGGAGGAUGUGCAACAAGCAAAAUUGAAUUCCUCGGAACCAACACUUCAAGCUCCUCGUCCUGUACACAUUUCUUCUUUACCUUCUUACCCAUCUUCCUCGUCAUCUUCUCCUGCACCUCAACAUACAAUUCCUCCCUCGUCUCUCCCUGCCCCUUUACAUUCGUCCGGGCACAAAGCGUCGGGCCAACGUCACCUUUCGAAGCAUCGACAACCGGCUACUCUGGUUGACGAUCUUGCUUGGCAGGAAGACGAAUGGAAAGAUGAAAAGGGAAGGGAUCAUGUGGGUGAGGGAAAAAAGGCGGGAGAGGAUUGGGGCGAGGUUAUUCGAGUGAAGGGCCCCGCAGAGCGAGAGAAUGACGGGAAUGACAGAGAGUUGAUGCAAGUCUGGAUAUUAGAAUUUUCAGACGCCAAGUUGACAAAGACGGCUCUAAAUUUUUCCAAAGAGAUUUGGCCCAACGACGUCAAUGAACGGUUACGACACCUCAAGAGAGUCUGUAGGCGUAACGAAGAUGGCAAAGAAAUAUGCAGAAUAGCGCUCUGCCCUCUUGACGAACACUCUGCCGAUUCCCUCUCUAGUCUCAUGACCGCUUUCUCCCCUCUUCUUUCGUCUCUUACGCCUAAAUCUUGGUCUGUCCCAUCUUCGGGUGCUCGCACUCAAGAGCAACUCAAGUGGAAGCACCACAUUUGGCCUGUAUCCUUUUCUCCAGCUCCCAUAAUUCCCGCCGAUUCGUCCUCGUGGCCAAUCUCCCGUAAGGCUUGGGUUGCAGCAGGUAUCAAGCGAGUCUUGAAACUUGCAGUCAAUGCAAAACAGAAAAGCGAGCUUCCAGUGGCCACUUUUUGUACGUCUGCACCCCCCUGUUUUUGGCCGACAAUGGAUGGUUUCAUCCCGCCUACCCUCAACCUCCGGGCUUCAUCCUGUGAUACUCGAAUUUCUGAAUCUCAUCCCUUGCGGCAUGCCACUCUCAAUUGUGUUGCCUCCAUUGCUCACCUUCGCACUGUGCCACCUUUUACAGAUGUUCCCCCUACAAGGAACGGCGCGGAUUACCUGCUGACAAGUCUGAGCUUAUUUAUCAGCCAUGAACCUUGUGUAAUGUGUGCAAUGGCAUUAUUACAUUCUAGAGUUCGAGAAGUUUUUUAUGUUUUCCCCAGGAAAAAAGGGGGAGGUUUUGAAUAUAACGAGGGUAAUGAAUAUGGGGAGGGGUCCCCAGUGCAUCAACAUGAUGAAGGAGCAGGUACACGAGAGGAUAUAAGUGGACAAGGAGGAUUUGGGAUCCACGCCAGGAGGGAUCUCAACCAUAGAUUUGAGGUCUGGAAAUGGAAUGGGCAUGUCGAUGAGGAUGUCAGGAAAGAGCUAGAGAUUGACGAGAACCUCCAACUGUAGUCUGUUUUGCUUGCGUGGUCAAGAGGGAGAAAGGGAAGGGACUUGCUCCAGUCUCGUUCCUCAAGACUUCUGGUGAUGUUCAGUUGUCUUUUGGAAAGCAUCGAGUACCCAUCAUUCCUUUAUGUAGCUGUCUUUCGUCUCCCGUCCAUCUGCUUUUUGGUUGUUGGAGAGGUAUAUAAGGUACAUCAUAUGACACACACCAGGAUGCAUACAGAUAGA